GCGAGAACUCCACAGCUCUGUGAAACUAAGAGUCUUUCAGGAAGGAAGCAUCACAGCCCAGACAACAAAGCAGCAAGAAAAAGGGCCCUCAAGGCAACUAACCUCUGGAUAAAAUAGAAAGAAGAAAAGAAACUCCAGAUUACAGCAAAACAUUAGAAGGAGUCACAAAGGCGAAAUCAAGAGAUGGAUUUGAUUAAAAAAUUAUCUGGGGUUGUCAUGGAUGUAGUGCAUGUAUAUACAAAUAAAGACCCUCCAAAGCCUGGGGACAUGAUUCAGUCUCAGAUGCCAGGAUUCCAGCACUGGGGCAUCUAUGUGGGAAGUGAAGAUGAAGGUGUACAUGGAGAUGUGAUCCAUUUUGCAUUGCCAGCUGUUAGCUAUUUUCCACCAAAGUUCCAAGUCCGAAGACAAAAAGUGAAGGAUAUAGAAUGGGCACAUCGCUCUGCUGUGAACAACAAGUUUGAUCACAUAUAUCCUGCAUUGCCUCCAGACCGUAUAGUAAAAAGAGCCAAGCACAUGGAGGACAAAAUCAUGAAGUACGAUAGCGGGAGUGCUAACUGUGAGCACUUUGCCACAUUGAUGAGAUAUGACAUUGCUAGAUCAGAGCAAGCAAACAGAUUUGGCUUUAAUGUGGAUCUAGAUUUUGUGAAGGAAGUCAAAGGCUGGCUGGCUGAGAUUGGUGAAUAGGCAAAUCGAGCAACUGGGAGGAUCCCAAUGCUGUAACAGCUGAGAAUUAAAGCAAAGGCCAGAUUUUCUUCAAACAGCCUAUUUAAAUGCUAAAGAAUUCUCAACAUUUCUUCUCUUGAAAAUCAGUAGUACUAAAUCAGCUAUAGAAAUUGCACUUAUGGUACAAUAAAUCUGAAUCAACAGGCAUAGACAGCAUAGGCAAAGCACUUUUCAUUGGCUGCCUAUACAUUUCCGAGCCCAAUUCAAGGUGCUGGUUUUAACCUAUAAAACCUUACAUGGCUUGGGACCACAGUACCUGACGGAACGCCUCUCCCGACAGGAACCUACCCGUACACUAUGCUCAACGUCUAAGGUCCUCCUCCGAGGGAAGUUUGGAGGAUGGCAACAAGGGAGAGAGCCUUUUCAGUGGUGGCCCCUCAAUUAUGGAAAGAUCUCCCCGACGAGGCUCGCCUGGUGCCAACAUUCAGUGCCAGGUCAAGACUUUUCUCUUCUCCCAAGCAGUUAACAACAUAUGCUGAGUUUUUUAACUGACCCCAGAAUAGUUGUUUUAAAUGGAUAAUUGUUUUUAUGCUUUUGAUGGUUUUAAAUUGUUGUAUAUUUGUUUUGUUUUUAACUUUUGUAAACCGCCCAGAGAGCUUCGGCUAUGGGAUGGUAUAUAAAUGUAAUAAACAAAUACAUUGAGUGUGUGCAUGCAUUAUAUAUAGCUCGACAUAGUUCAAAACUUGGAUACCUGAAGAAUUAGGUAUUUCACCUCAAGAACUUGUUAGAAAAAACUUAUCUAGUAGCAAGAAUAUAACUUAGAGCCUUCUCUACUCUUUUCAAGUCGCCAGUGAAAUACAGGAGAGAUUUUAUUAAGAAUUCUGCAUUUUUAUAAGUACGAAUGCACAGGCCUAUUUGCACUAUGAAGUGAUUUAUAGUUGCAAUAUGCUGUUUUAUCUGACAAAAAAAAAUCAUAUUGCAAUGUAGCGUCCUGUAAUUAUUAUAGUUCUCGGAAGAAGGCCUUAAAAUACGACACCCCCCCCCCCCCAAAUAUUGGGCUUUUGUCAAAAUCUUCAUUCCAAUGUACUGUGGUUUCUUUUUGGGGGGUGGGGCUUC